UGUGUCCCAAACAAAGUGUCACAAAGAGCUCGGCCCGAGGCAGCCGCGGAGGCGGCUGUAACUCCGCUUUUGUUCUCCUGGCCCGGGGUAGCUGAGCUCUGGCCUCCCUAUCUCCCGACCCUGCCCCCAUUCUCCUCCUGGAUUAUUUUCCACGGGUGGAGUGUGAGGUGUGCUGGUGGAGUCUCUCGUGUGAGAUCACAGGUCCUGCUCUGCCUGCCUACCAGUUUCUGAGAGGGGUAUUUUCCCAGAUCAUCUCCUACCCACCUCCCAGCCUGGGAACUGAGGCUCAUACUGGCACCAACACUGACUUUUUAGGGCCAGCUCUAGUUAAAGAGACUUCAGGCUGUAUAUAUGUCCUCUUUACCCCCCAAUCCCAGGCUCCUCAGAACUUUCAGAAUGGGGUCAAGUUAGGACAUGCUAGAACAUGGGUCUAGGAUAAGACAGGGUGUGUGUGUGUGUGUGUGUUUGUAUUGUACCUCCCUCUCACCUCUUCACAGUUAAUAUGGGAGCCAAUGACUGAAAUUUCAUGCUCCCCCCCCCCCCAUCUCCUAGUCCUUUCCCCAAGAACUCAUUUUAAAAGGUGUCCAGGUUCAGUGUAGUGAGGAUUUGAAGCAGCUCUCAGAGCAUCGAGGUUCAGAGAGCCAUGGAGAGACCUUACCAGUGAGUUGUUCUCUUGUGUGUGUUCUCAAGGUGGUCUUGACUCUGAACUAUCUAAUAAGCCCCCUUUCCAUUUACUCUCCUCUAGCUCUGGGGUUCAUAUUUGUUAGCUGAUUUAGGAGAGGGGAGAUUGCCAACGAGAGGGGGAAAAAAAAUCAUAUGUUGGAGAUGACCAGAGACAGAGGCCUAAUUACUGCUAGGCCCAGGAGACUCUGAUCUUUUUACUGAAUUCUUGACCUUAAAAAUCUUUGAAUCACAAGAUUUGGGGUGAGAGGGGCAGCUUUCUUGGUCCUUUAUUUGGUGGAUUCUUCCGUAAGUCUUUUCACCAUCCACUCACUCUCGGUAGGAUCUGCACUUACCUUCCCGCUUCUGCAUCGGCUCUCCUAGUCUGUGAAAGUAAUUGGCCUGUUGCUUUGGAAAUAUUUCUAAUUUGUAACGCUGGUCCUGCAUCCCUGCAAAGUACAAACAGGAACAAGAUAACCCCUGAUUCCCACUGCGUGUGGAAAGUAGGUCAGAGCCACUCUCUGGCCAAGGCUCAGAGGUGGUGGUUAAGCCUUGAGUAUAGAAAAAUGUGAGGAUUGUCCACAGACAAUACAUGUCUGACUUAGGUUCCAAACCAGGUCACAGACUCCGUCUCUGUUGGUACUCCCUUAUUGAGAGCAAUUUAUGAGCUCUGGUGCCUGAGACCUGGUUUGAUGUAGAAAUGACGGAAGCCAUCUUGACUGGGCCUAGGAGGUCUCGGUGGAUUUUUACUGAUUUUAGGCCACCUUCUGGGGAACUUCCCCUGAGGAGAAAUUCAUCUUCCAUUUGUGCCUUCUAAUGCGUCUCUGCUUUCCAUCCUAGAAACUGCUACAUGCAGAAGUGUGUGUGUAUGUGUGUGUGUGUGUUGUGUGUGUGUGUGCGUGUGUGUAUGUGUGUGUGUGUAUGUGUGUGCGUGUGUGUGUGCGUGUGUGUGUGUGCGUGUGCGUGUGUUUCUCCUUCCAGUGAGGAAGACUUGCCUUUUUUCUCCUCUUUUUGCCUCAGAUAUUAGGCCAUUUUUCCUAGGGCACAUUUUGCUUAGUGUCUUACAGGCAAUUUUAGAGGCCCUAGAAUCCUCUCAGAAUCAGAAUAUGUGCCCAUAGGUUAGUCAGCUAUGACCAUGCAGUAUUCACACACACCCCUCCCAGCCAUCUGCUUCCUCUGAAUAUACCAGAUUGGCUGUACACCAGGAUGUUCCGGGAAUCCCCAGGAAAGCAACAGAAUGUGAUGGACUCCAAUACGAUGCCUCAGUAACUCAUUCCAGGAUGUACAAACUGUAACUGUUAUGACAUUCUGUAUAGCUAAUUAAAAUUUUUCUAGGUGUGCGUAUUUUCUAUUUUCAAUGACGUCGAAAAGGCCACAGUAAUUCCUCUGGUAGAUACCCCUCUAUAGUUUCUCUGACACCCCUGCAUAGGUUCCAAAUAGGAAUAUAUAUAUAUAUAUAUAUAUAAAUCCACUAGUUUCUGUGUCCCCUCUCUGGUUCUAAAAUGGCCAAUGUGGCCUCUCUAGCACUUCCUAGCUCUAUCUGUGGUACUGAGGUAGCCAGAGGGCCAUCUCUAGUAGCCCACUGCACUCUCCAUGGUACUGAAGGAAUGGCCAUUUGUUUUAGCAUCUCUUGGGGGCCAGAAGAGUCCUGAGACUUAAAACCACACAACUCUCAAGUUUGCAGGGACUUCAAAUUCAAAUUCAGCACAACUCAUUUCCCAGAAGGCAAGCCGAGAUGAUAACUGGUUACUGGAGGUUGGAAGGCCUAGGCUUGCAAUAGCCUGUACUCCUUAGUUCUAUUCUAACUCCUUUAUGCAGUUGCCAGUGAGCCUGCUAGGGCUGUGGCCUCAGUAACAGUCUCAUUUGGAGGACCCGUAGGCCAGGAAAGGAUACCUGAAUUUGGACCCACAGAAACACGCAUAUUAAGCGGCAGUGCUUUUCUACUGAUGUUUGGUCAGGACGUCUUGUUUGUUUUGGCUCUGAAAAGUCAGAUUCUGCAUGUGACAAGGGUUUGCCCCUUCAUAAAGUCUUGCCACCUCCACUAAAUGUUGAAAAUUAAAAAAGCUUUGGACCCCCCAGUGUUUUCUUUGCUGAUAGGCAGGGCUAACUCCUGGCCCAGUUCUCUUCAAAUUUGUAAGUAAAGCAAUGCUGGAGUCCUCUUUCUUAGUAACCCAUUUCAGUUUCAUAAGUCUCAUUGUAAGGAAGUUCUUUAUUGAGUAUUAUGUCUGAGGUUUAAAAGAAGAAGCUAGGCCCAAGUUCAUCUAGCCUGAGCAAGAUACAAUUCUAUAUGGAAGAAGGAAGGUAGAUUGGAUGACUUCUGGUCAUCCACUGAAGCUUAAAUUCCAUGACCUUGUCAGCAGUUAAAUAUCAGGAAAACCUCUCCCCCCGCCAUCCUCUUCCUCAACUCUGUCCUUCCCAGCCCUGUGCUACACUUGUCACGGGUAGGGAAUUUUAGAUGGAGAAUUUUAACCCCUUCCUGCUCAGAGCUUGUGUGGCUCCCCUAUCUGUGCAGAUGGCAAGGCCCCGCCCCCCAUCCCUCACUCCAGCCUCUUGAGCUCAGAGCCAGUGUAAUCCUCCUCUUGUGUGAGGAGCCUCUCCCCUGCAGAGAGGAGGAAAGCCUGCUUCGGAGCAGCUCUGGACAAAGGGGCUGAGAUGCCCCGUCAAACCACAGGCUCCAAGGUUUGAAACGGGGUGAAACCUAAAUGGGAUUUGCAGUUUUUAACCCCUUCCCUAGGCUGGUAGUGCCCCUUAACUUCCAGGCCUCCCCCAACUCUCUUCAUUCCCUCUGUAGCUGGCUCUCCCUUCAUGCCCCUCCCCCUCUGUCUCCAGCCUCUGCUGCUGGGAGGUGCUUCUCUCCCAUGCAUGAAUGAGUCUCUGUAAUGAAUGGAAAUGAAUGGAUCAGGAAUCCGGGGAGGGGGAGGGGGAGGAGGAAAGACCAGAAGACUGGGUGCCGGCAGAAGCAAGGAAGUGGAACCUGGAGGGAUUCUGCCUGGCUGGCCCUGGGUCGGAGUGGAGCUAGUACCAUUUGGAUAACAGGAGUAUGGCUAGCCCUCCACAUUUGUUUAUCCAGGGGCACAGCCCAACGCGAGUGGAAGAGGGGUAUACUAUGAUGGCCUCCCACAUUGUGUGUGUGUGUAUGUGUGUGUGUGUGUGUGUGUGUGUGUGUGUAGUGACGGCGGUUCUGGACUAGGUGUUUAAAACAUCAUUUGGAGGAGGAAGUCUGUAUUUAUCAUACGAGUUGGCAGAUGAAGGGAUGCAAGUUUUGAGCACAGCAAAUAAGAAGCCUGUGAUACCCCAAGAUCACAGUAGGAAGAAGGGAUGGGUUUCAAGGAUACAGGCUGCUAAGUGGGGUGACUCUACUGCUGAAAGCCAGGGCUCAUCUUUCCUCCAAUCGCUCUGUCUUGUUUUAGCACCUCCGCACCUGUUGCCUUCAUUAGCAGCUUUUCUUCCUCCUCCUUCCAAUCCUCAGAACCAAAGAAUGUGAAGGGGGUUCAUGGAGGGCUCACGUCCCCGCAUCCUGGUCGGCCACCUAGAGCCUUCCCCACCAGCCUUCGACGGCGAGCUGGAUCUGCAGCGCUACUCCAACGGGCCAGGUGUCAGCGGGACUCCAGGACCCGGCUCGCCUGGGAUGGGAGCAGUGGGCUGGUCUGAGACUCGUGCAGGCGAACGGCGCUUCCCUUGUCCUGUGUGCGGAAAGCGCUUCCGAUUCAAUUCCAUCUUGGCUUUGCACCUGAGAGCCCACCCGGGCGCCCAAGCCUUCCAGUGCCCACAUUGCGGCCACCGCGCAGCGCAGCGGGCUCUGCUGCGCUCACACCUCCGAACGCACCAGCCGGAGCGUCCACGCAGCCCUGCUGCACGGCUGUUGCUGGAGUUGGAGGAACGGGCCCUGCUACGCGAAGCCCGACUUGGGAGACCCAGAAGCUCAGGGGGCAUGCAGUCCAGCCCUGCCUCAGAGGGCCUGGCUCGCCCUCAGGUCCCUUCCUCAUCUGCCUUCCGUUGCCCUUUCUGCAAAGGCAAGUUUCGCACCUCAGCGGAGCGGGAACGCCACCUGCAUAUCCUGCACAGGCCCUGGAAGUGCAGCUUGUGCAGUUUUGGCUCCAGCCAGGAGGAGGAGUUGCUGCACCACAGUCUGACGGCCCACGGGGCUUCCGAGCGCCCCCUGGCGGCUACAUCUACGCCUGAACCCCAACCUCCACCCCAGCAAGAACCCAGAUCUGCCCUUGAGCCUGAGCCUGAGCCUGAACCUAGGCCAGAGCCUGACCGUGAGGCAAACCCUGCCCCGACUCCUGCACCUCCGGAGGAGCCCCCUGCGCCACCUGAGUUCCGUUGCCAGGUGUGCGGCCAGAGCUUUACACAGUCCUGGUUUCUCAAGGGUCACAUGCGCAAGCACAAGGCCUCCUUUGAUCAUGCAUGCCCCGUCUGUGGUCGCUGCUUCAAGGAGCCCUGGUUCCUUAAGAACCACAUGAAGGUGCACACCAGCAAGCUGGGUCCUUUGCGUGCUCCAGGCCCUGGCUCUGCACCCGCCAGGGCCCCUCAGCCUCCCGACCUGAGCCUACUGGCAUAUGAGCCACUGGGCCCUGCGCUUCUCCUGGCCCCAGCACCCGCUCCAGCUGAGCGCCGAGAGCCCCCAAGCCUCUUAGGCUACCUGAGUGUACGAGCUGGGGAAGUACGACCCAAUGGUGAGGGUGCUGACCCUGGAGGUGGCCGAAGCUAUGGAGGGUUCCGCCCACUGCCUUCAGCUCUUCCCAACCGGGCUCGGCGGCACCGUGCAGAGGAACCAGAAGAGGAGGAAGAAGUGGUGGAGGCAGAAGAGGAGAGCUGGGCCCGAGGCAGGUCGCUGGGCUCUCUGACUUCCCUGCACCCCAACCCAGGUGAGGGGUCAGGACAGCCUGCACCUGCCGCAGGGGCCCAGGCAAGGUCCUCGGCCACCCAAGAAGAAAACGGGCUGCUGGUUGGAGGGACACGAUCUGAAGCGGGCCGUGGGGCCACUGGCAAGGACUGCCCCUUCUGUGGAAAAUCUUUCCGCUCUGCGCAUCACCUAAAAGUGCAUCUUCGUGUGCAUACAGGUGAGCGCCCCUACAAGUGUCCACACUGCGACUAUGCAGGUACCCAGUCGGGCUCGCUCAAGUAUCAUCUUCAGCGUCAUCACCGAGAGCAGAGGAGCAGUGCAGGUCCUGGGCCUCCCCCAGAACCCCCGCCACCUUCCCAGCGGGGCUCACUGCAGCCGCAGUCAGGAGCCAAGCCAACUCAGGCCUCUGCCACCUGGGUAGAGGGCACUGCAAGUACCCGGCCUCCUUCGAGCAACACCGGACCGGGGUCCCGUAGGAAGCCUGCUAGCCCUGGGAGGACCCUGCGCAACGGGCGAGGUGGUGAAGCCGAACCCCUGGACCUGUCCCUACGGGCGGGCCCGGGAGGUGAGGCCGGGGCAGGGGGUGCACUUCACCGCUGCCUCUUCUGCCCCUUUGCCACUGGAGCUCCUGAGCUCAUGGCUUUGCAUCUGCAAGUACACCACAGCCGUCGUGCUCGGGGCCGCCGGCAGCCCCGAGCCGACACGUCUCCAACCUAUGUCCGGGCACCAUCGGGAGAGACCCCUCCCAGUCCUCCACUAGAAGAGGAGGGCAGCCCAGGGCUGUCUAGAUCCGGAGAGGCAGGUCUUGGGGGGCAAGAACGGUAGGGAGUCCUCUUAGGAGUGAUUAGCUUAGUAAGCUUACCCCGCAGGAGCGGGGAAGUGCUAGAGGUAGUUGGGUAGAGCAGCCAGCAGGGAGCAGUGUGGGACCCGUAUCCCAGCCCAAGGUGGACCAAGAGGUAAAGUGGGCAGUGGGUGAAGGAGAGUGGGCAAGCAGCACCCACCCAGCCCAGAGGAGUCACAGUGCCUUAGAAGUGGCAGAGGUGAGGGUCAAAGAACGGGGUCCUAGGGCUGGUAGAGGAUGUGUUCCUGUUAAGGAGCCACUCUGCCAGUUUCUGCUGGUCCAUAGGCAUGAGAGUUUAUUUUUGUAUAAGGGGUGGGGGUGGGGGGCACUGUACCCUUCUAGCCCUAUCAGGGGCCCUGUAGACGUUGCUAUUUUUGGUACGAUUCCUGUCAUCCCUGUUGAAGAGUCAUGUCCCCAAUAAACAGGUGUCUUGAGGCACAAG